UCCGAGCCGUCGGCCAUGAUGGUAGACGCGUAAGAGCAUCGCGGAGCGCCAGCCAGGGCAGUGUCGCGGUGGUAUUCGGUGCAGCAACAGAGUCGUCGGGGUGAACGUCGCGCAAGUGAAAUCCGGUCGUCUCUCGACUCGAACGAGUUAGGUACGUAAAACGAACGACCGUGGCAAAAACAAAGAAGAGGAACGACGAGAAGGGGCGUCGAUUCGGGGCGGCGUCUGCGUGCCGCGUUUCUCGCCGAGCGCGUACAACGGAGCGCAAUUUCGUCGGUGAUUCUCGGCGUCGCUGAUUCUCGUCUGGAAGAACCGCGUAUUUGAAAAUGGCGCGUGUAAUAAGGGCCGUGGCCCCGGCGUUCGGCGUCGUCUCGUGAUCCGAGGAUCGCGCUUCGCGGAUUGUUUUCGAAACGCGCAAGAGGCGAGUUGUUGUUUACGCCCGCGUGCGCCAAGUGCGUCCCCCCGUGUGAGGGUCCCGCUACGCUCAGAUUUCGAAGCGACACCGGAGAGUAUAUUUCGGUGAACCGACGAACCUCUUACCACCACCUAUCUACCUGCAUCUCUUCCGUGUCGAUCGCCCGUGUCCGUUGUUAUAGACGCGCGGCGGCAUCUUCGCACUGUGUUCCGGCUGUGUGGUGGUGCCACAAGUCCUCUUACCUUUUGCGUCCCAUUGCAAGAUAUAAAAUAUAUAUAUAGAGGGGAGAAAAUAUGCCGGAGGAACAACCGAAUAAAGAGAAACCCGUUGCCGCUCCGACGGAAGCGACUGCGGAAAAUGGAACGGGAACGAACUCGCCCACGAAGAGCCCGGUUAGCAAGGGAAAACUGGCUCUGGCCAAGAUCACGCUCCUCGAUGGAACCGUGAAAGAUUUCUAUAUCGAUAGAAAAGCAAGAGGCCAGGAACUUCUCGAUAUGGUUUGUCAGAGCAUGAAUUUGCUGGAGAAGGAUUACUUCGGUCUCAUUUACGAGGACAGACACGAUCCGCGCAAUUGGUUGGAUCUCAAUAAACGAGUAACAAAAUUUGUAAAAAGCGAGCCGUGGAAGUUCAACUUCGAAGUGAAAUUUUAUCCACCGGAUCCCGCCCAAUUGCAGGAAGACAUAACGCGCUAUCAGCUGUGUCUACAAAUCAGAAAUGACAUUAUCACAGGACGUUUGCUUUGUUCGUUUGUGACGCACGCUCUUCUGGGCUCGUAUCUAGUUCAAUCCGAAGUUGGAGACUACGAUCCCGACGAACACGGAAGAGCGUAUUUGAAAGAUUUUAAAUUUGCGCCCAACCAAACGCCCGAAUUGGUCGAGAAAGUGAUGGAUCUCCACAAAACACACAAGGGUCAAACGCCCGCCGAAGCGGAACUGCAUUAUCUCGAGAACGCGAAGAAAUUGGCCAUGUACGGCGUGGAUCUUCAUCCCGCGAAAGAUUCCGAAGGCGUCGACAUAAUGUUAGGUGUGUGCGCUUCGGGUCUUCUUGUUUAUAGAGAUCGUUUACGAAUCAACAGGUUCGCCUGGCCGAAGAUAUUAAAAAUCUCUUACAAGAGGCACAAUUUCUACAUUAAAAUCAGACCAGGCGACUUCGAACAGUUCGAGUCCACGAUAGGAUUCAAAUUAGCAAAUCAUAGAGCAGCGAAAAAAUUGUGGAAAGUCUGCGUGGAGCAUCAUACCUUUUUUAGACUUAUGAGCCCCGAGCCUGUGAAGAAGGUCGGACUGAUCCCGCAUCUGGGAUCUCGCUUCCGAUAUUCGGGACGAACUCAUUACGAAACGAAGAAGACUCCCAUCGACAGACAACCUCCGCAAUUUGAGAGAUCUCUGAGCGGCAGACGACUCGCGUCCCGAAGUAUGGAUGCGUUAGGUGGGCCUAAACCAGUUGAAACGUACGGUUCUGAACCAAGCAAACGACAUACUAUGAGCUAUGAACCCGAUAUGCUUCCCGAUGAUAUAGAGCAUAUAGAUCGACGGCCUAGUCCAAUCAAGAAGCAAAAAGAGAAGCUCACACGAAAAACAAGCGCCGGAACAACGUCAGCUAGCAGUACCAGUAGCCUGGAAGGAGAAUACGAUGCAGAUCGUGGGAGAAAGAAACCGGUCGGAGGAAUCGCUGUCCUACCGCCCGGUGGUCUAUCGAAAAAGAAGAAGGAUAAACAGAAUGAGAACGAAAAAGAAAAUCACAAUGAUCUGAAUAAUAGCGAUCUGAUUAAUGACAAUGCUCAUCUCGACAAGAUAGAUGACAAAUCGCUGUCUAAAAAAGAAUCGAAAAAGAAGGAUAAAGAUAGUCCUGAAAAAACGGAUAAAGAAAAGAAGGAGAAAGUUAAGAGUCCCGUCGGCGGUUUCCUGUUUGCCAAGAAGGACAAGGAUAAAAGCAAGAAAAAGAACAAAGAACUCGACGAAUCCGCGGACAGACGUGACACCACCGAACCGAAACUUUCUGCUUUGGAAAAUCAAGAAAAACCGAGCGAUAAAGUAGCUACGGAUACGCAAGAAAAAACGCAAGAUUCCGCGAAAUCUCCUCAGCAGCUUGCCGGUUACACGAAGCCGUACGAUUAUGUGGAAACUGAACCGUCAACCCCACCGAAGAAACAAUUCACUCCCCACGGUUUUACGUACGAAGAGAGACCCGCGUCACCGGGAGUACAGGACCAACUGUCACCUACUUCGGCCAGUCGAAAGGCUACGGGAUUGGCAUUUAACUACGCUCCGGGAGAAGAGAAGAAAGUGGUAGAAUCCGCGGAAAAGAGAAAAACGAAAGAAGCGGAGAAACAGCCAGCGGGAUUAAAGACACCGGGGCUCAACUACGUGGAAUCGGCCGGUCUGAAGGAGCAACAGAAGAGCGUUCCGAAGGAAGAUGCCGACAAGAAUCAAACAGCGGCUCUCAUCGCUGCUGAACGUCACGCUGAAGAUGCAGACAGUAAAACUGCAACAGCCGUGCCAACGACGGCGGAAUCGAAACCGGAUUAUCACAUUCUGCCUCUUCCCGAUGGCUCAAGAAUCAUCGGAGGCGUAAUUUAUACCAAAGAAGGUAAACUGUUGGACCAGAGCUCCCUUGGCCCAGACGGCAGCAGAAUUGUGGACGGUAAGGUUUGCGGCAAAGACGGUAAUCCUUUGAAAAAAGGUGAAUUCGGACCGCACGGUGUUCAUAUUAACGGCGGCACAAUUGUCGGCAAAGACAACAAACCUUUCCAUCAGGAAGUACUGGGUACGGACAGAAAUUACAUCAAGAACGGAAUCAUUCAUUCCCAUAACGGUGAAGUGGUGAAAGAAUCUUUCCUCGGACCUGAUCACGCGGUGGUUAAAGAGGGAAAAAUAUUGCAGAAGAGCGGCAAACCGGUUCAAUACUGCUCGUUAGGCGCGAACGGCACGUACGUGAAAGAAGGUCUCGUGUUUGCGUCGGAUUCCAGACCUGUAACUCAGGGAACGUACGACACAGACAGAAAUUACAUAGUUGCCGGUAUAGUGUCCAACGAAGAGGGCAAGCCUCUGAGUCGGAUAGCCGUAGUACCUGACGACUCGUUUGUCCGCGACGGUUUGAUUCACGGACAAGACGGAAAACCGAAAAAUAGCGGGAAAUUAGGCUGCGAGGGUAAUUACAUUGCGGAAGGAAAGGUUUAUUCGAAGGACGGCAAACCGAUCAAACACGAAUCAUUCAGUUCCGACGGGUCUAUUGUGAAAGACGGUGUGAUUUAUUCUAAAGAUGGAAAAUUCUUGACUCAAGGAUCCUUGCUGCCGACCGGUGCUUACUUGAAGGAUGGCAAAGUGGUUGGUAAAGAUGGCAAACCCAUCAAGCACGCUUAUUACAAAUCCGACGGUAGUUUUGUGAAAGACGGUGUGAUACACGGAAAAGACGGAAGACUCCUGAGUCAAAUUCCGUUAAUAGCCGAUGGUAAUUCGAUCAAGGACGGUAUGGUGUACGACAGAAAUAGAAAACCACUGUCCCAGGUACUCUUUAAGCCCGACGAUCUUGUAAUUAAAGACGGUAUAUUGUACAACGCGGACGGCACGGUACCGUCGAAUAUUAUUCUCGGUCCUGACGGAUUGACCAUAAAAGAUGGCACGGUUCUGAGCAAAGACGGCAAACCGGUGAAACAAGAGUCGUUCGGCUCGAAUGGAAGUUACAUAAAGAAAGGUAUUAUUUACGCGAAGAACGGAAAGCCGCUUAAUCAGGACUCAUUGGUGCCGGAGGGCGCAUCUAUUAGAGAUGGCAAAAUAUACAACAGAGAUGGCAAAUUAUUGAAAUUCUCGUUCUUUAAACCGGACGGUAGUUACGUCAAAGACGGUCUCAUCUAUGGCAGCGACAACAGACCGCUGAAUUUGAACGCAUCUCUGCCGGAAGACAGCUUUAUAGCCAAUGGCGUGAUAUUUGAUCAUUCCGGGAAGCCUUUGAACAGAGAGUCGUUUGGAUCCGAUGGCUCGUACGUAGCGGGUGGAUUAAUCCACGGAAAAAACGGCAGGAUCGUGUUGCAAGGUGUGUUUGGACCCGACGGUAACACAAUUCGAAACGGUAUUAUCAUAGGCAGAGACGGCAAGCCGUUGACGCAGGACGACAAAGGUCCGGACAACGUGGCAGUUAACAACGGCAAGAUUGUGGACAGUCACGGAAAUCCGAAAAAUCUAUCCUCUUUGGUGCCCGAGGGAUGUUACAUACGAGACGGCGUGGUCUACGACAAGAACGGACAGUUGCUGAAGCAAGGUGCGUUCAAGCCGGACGGUUGUUACAUUCGCGACGGUCUCAUAUACGGAUGGGGAGGUCAAUUGCUGAACGAAGGCUCCGAAUUGCCCGGUGGCAGUUACAUCGAGGAAGGUAGAUUGUACGGCAAGGACGGAAAACCUCUUAAUCACGCCUCGUUCGGCAUCGAGGGCAGUUACAUCGAGAACGGUAUUAUUUACGGAAAAGACAAGAAACCUCUUGGUCACGGUACUUUCGGCGACGACGGUAGCUACAUAGAAAACGGUCUGCUGUACGGACCAAACGGCAAGCCGUUGAAUCAGAAACAGACGAUAAUCACGGUCGCGUACGUUCGUUACGGUUUGGUGUGCGGCGACGAUGGGAAACCAUUGAAAUACGGCAAUUUCGACAACGAGGGUAGCGUGGUCAGAAACGGCAGAAUUUACGAUCACACGGGAGGAUAUCUCAAUCAAAAUAUUUACGGCAACGACGGUAGUUUCAUUAAAGACGGUUUAAUUCACGGACGCAACGGGAAACCUCUCUCUCAAGGAGCUUUGCCACCGGAAAGCAGUUUCGUGAAAAACGGCAAGAUCUACGACGCGAACGGCCAGUUGCUGACUCAGGAGUCAUUCGGACCGGAAGGUGUGAAAGUGAUACAGGGAAUCGUCGUGGACAAAACUGGGAAACCGGUGAAACUCGCGAACUUCGACGGCGAGGGAAACGUCGUCAAAGACGGAAUAAUUUGUGCGCCUACUGGAAAACCGCUCGAUAAGUAUUUCACAACGAUCACGAUCACGAUGGUGUGCAGAGGACUUGUGUGCGACAAGGAUGGGAAACCGAUCGUGCGAGCGCCUUUCGGCACCGAUGGCGCCUUCAUUAAGGACGGAAAGAUAUACGACAAGUCCGGAAAACCGCACAAUCAGGAGCUCUUCAGCGAGGACGGGUCGUACGUGAAAGACGGCGUGAUAUACGGAAACAACAACCAGCCGGUGGACAGCACGACGAUGUUGAAGAAUCUACAAGAGUCGCCGAAAUCCGUCGCUUCUGUCACAAAAUUGAAGAAACCCGCGAUUCCAAUUACAACACCGACAAUCGUAAAGACCACGACCAAACAAUCUGUGGUCAAGGAUCAGGAAGGAGUGACGCAAAAUAUUCAAGAAAAAAUCGAGGAUCUUACGCCAGGUGGCACAGGCCAGGUUACAGUCUCUACUCACGUAAACAAGGCAGAAGCGCCGGAUGAUGGUAGAGCUCCGUACAUGACAGCGACAGCUGUCACCACACGUACCGCUACGAUGCACGAAGACCUUGAAAAGAAUCAGAAGACGAGUCAGGUAGAGGAAAAGACUGUAGCGCAUACAACCGCGACUAGUGCAACGAGACAAGAGCAACGAGUGGUAACGCAAGAAGUUCGAACUACGAGCCACGUGCUUUCCGGCGAGCAGCUGUUCUCGCGAAGGCUAAGUACAUCGAGUUCGAGCAGCGGUGAUUCGGGCACGCCAAUUGAUCUUGACGAUGACCAGCAAGCUUUCUACAAUCAAUAUUAUCAGGGUGAUCCAGCUGUAAUUCCGACGGAGAAACGCGUUUACACGGGAGAACCGGAUAGUAAUGUAACAACGACAACUACAGUACCUGUUGUGGCAACCGAAACUAGAAAAGUAGCUCUCGAAAACGAGGACGGUAGUUAUAGCGCCACGGGAGAAAUUGUCAGUACACAGACUAUAUCCAGUAAAACUCGUACUGUCGAAACCAUCACGUACAAGACAGAAAAGGAUGGCGUAGUUGAGACACGAGUGGAACAAAAGAUCACGAUACAAUCAGACGGCGAUCCAAUUGAUCACGAUCGGGCUCUGGCGGAAGCAAUACAAGAAGCCACCGCUAUGAAUCCAGACAUGACGGUGGAAAAGAUAGAAAUACAGCAGCAAACAGCGCAGUAAUUAUUCGAAAAUUGUUUGUUAAAAGGGCACUCUUGGUCUUCAAACACCACGAACGAUUUAUAAUCUUAGGAGACUUAGAAAGAUUUAAAAAAUCGGUAUCUCUACCUUAUAUUAUAGAAUACGCAUUUUGUCUAAUGCGUAUGAUAAAAAAAAAAAAAAAAAAUCAGACUGAAGUAUUCUAUAAAAACAUCGAUAAGUCUUUUUAAAUAUUUUAUGAAGUUUAAUAUAUAAAGUGAGGAACAAUAUUUGAGCCUUUGUGAAUUAAAAAAUAGUAACUGAAAACAAAUUUAAAAAACCAAUACGAGCCAAACCACUAGUCUUUGCGUACAAUUGUAUCAAUCCUCGGAACGUGAUAUUGUCGCGAGCAGCAAACGCAAGUUAUUUUUAUUUGAUAACAAAACUUUUUUUAUUUUAUUGGAUCGUUAAGUAUGAAAUUUGACAAGUAUAUACAUGUAUAUACAAUGUGCAAUUUUGAAGAAGUUUCUGUACGAUAAUACAGAAUUUUAAAAAGAUGUAUAUUUAACAAUGAUGGACCGGAAGAACGCAUCUGCACUUCCAAUCCAUCUGCGACUCAAUAUCGAUUAUCACACAGAUCCUGAUGCUAAUAAAAAAAAACCAAACUAAAAGAAACAUGGAGUAUUCAGAACACUAAAAUGUGGCUCGCAUUGGUGUCUUUUAGUUAAUAUUGAGCUUUAUAUAUAUUUGUUAAAAGAGGUUUAAAAAAACUUCGUGCUUAUGGCUUGCCCAAGAACUCGAGCUUAAAACUCGAUUCAGAAUCGAGACAAAAAGUUAAAAAAAAUAAAAAAAUAAAAAAACAAAAAAGAAUGGAACAUUGAUAAAAUCUUUCUAACGAGAAAAAUAUUACAUAUAUAUUAUAAAUUACAGUGUUCAUAUUGAAGUGAUUAAGAAAUUUGUAUUUAUAUGCACGAAAACAUAAAAAUUAUCUUAUACAUAUAUAAUAUAUAUGUAUGUAAACAAAUUUAAAGAAAUAAGCUAUUUAUACAUAGUUAUGGCGAUAAAUAUAUAGAUGUAAAAGACGGGGUGCCCUGCAAUUUUAAGUUUUGAUAUAAAGUUUCGAAUAAGCAUUUAAUAGCAGUAAAAAAAAAAAAAAUAAAAAAUAAAAAAAAAGACGAUUACAGUCAUACCGAGAAUAAUCGAUGUGAAAUAUUUAUUCAAAUUUUUGCAGUACAGUAAUUGUCGUGAUACUCCAAUUAAUCAAUUUUGAAAGUACAUGUUCUUUUGAUUUAUUAAACUUCUUCACUGUUCUUUCUUUAAUUAAAACUCAUUACUUUCUAUUGUUCAUCUUUGAAUUUAAUAUUUUACAGGUUGUUGUAACAGUAAACAAAAGUGCAAAUUAUGUUCUGGUUUGUAAUAUAUUUUGUAUGAAAAUAUGCGUAUGGUAAAAUGGUUUACAUACGUAAUGGCACAAUUGUAUCAGUUUGUUAAAACUUCUCCUCAAAGAUGAAAUCAUAGAAAGUAAACAGUUACGUAAUCAAUAAAGCAGAAUAUUUCUAUGUAUACUGUCUGCUGUAACGCUUGAAUGCAAUAAGAUAAGGCUUUUUCGCAAAAUUAAAUAAAGUAUGAUUUGAUUAUCAAUGAAAUUCAUAGUGGCUCUUAAAAAAAAAAAAAAAAUUAUAUAUAACAAGUUGUGACACAAAACACAUAAAGUCAGAAUUUAUAUAUAUAUAUAAAUAUUAAUAUAUACAUAUAUAAUAUAUACCAUCUAUUAAUAUGUAUAUUAUAUAUAUUUUAUAUAUAUAUAAUAUAUGUAUAUUGCGCGCUAUAAUAUUGACAGAGAUAUUUGAAAUCAUCAUAGUUUCUUACAUCUAAAAUGUUAAUGUUAGCUUUAUUACGUUAAAAGUAAGACACAAAUUAUAUUGUAGCAAUGAUAUUGUAAACAUUUUUUAUAUUGCAGCUAAAUAUAACCAUUAUAUGUGAGAUAAUACUGAUAGAAACUAUGUAGAUUUCAUAUUAUAUAUAUUUCGACUAAUAUAUAUACAUAAGUUACUAAUCAUAAUUACACAGAUAUAUAUAUACAUUAAGCAAUCGGUCAACGUAUAAGUCUAAAAUUUAGUUUUAUAGCGCUUUUACAUAGGUUUUUAGAGAAUAUAAUUUUAUGCAAACUUCACGUGCGAGUUUAGCAACUUAUGGGUUUUUCUGUUAUAGUUCAAACAACAAACAAAUGUUCAGACUUUGUAAUGUACAAUUAAAAUAAAUUAUGUGAAGAAAAGGCUAAUUUUAGUUUCUUUGUUUUUAAUUAGUUCGUUUAAAUUUUUGUCAAUUUGCUAACUCUCGUAUACUAUGAAAAACUAAGGUCAGCAUACUGGCCCUGGCUCAUAUUCCAGUCUUUUCUCUGCGUAUUUUAUUUUAAUUCAUCUGAAUAAACGAAUCUAAUCCGCUGAUUUUUUACAGGAAAAAAUGGUGCAUUUUAAUUAUGCAGCUUUGUACAUGUAUAUACAGAUUAAUUUAUACAAGUGAUUUUAAGUGGAAAAGAUCCAGAGUAUAUAUAAAUAUAUAUAUAUAUAUAUAUCUCAUAUUUUACAAAGCUGCUCUAUGCUUUUGUUGUUUGUUUGUUUUUUUUUAAUAUCUUUCGAAUCAAUUUUUAAAAACAUAUCUUACGCAGAGAUUUCGUCCAUUACCAUAUGUAUUGCCGUAUUACACGCAUUUUCUUACCUUCGAAGUAGGUGCUUUUCUUUUGGCUACACUUACUUUACACGUUUACGUUUUUCACAAUGUUUCUUACGAUUGUAUAUAUUCUACGUUUCUGU